GAGAGAGAGAGAGAGAGAGAGAGAGAGAGAGAUUUGUUCAUCAGCGCUUUUCCGUUUUCUGGGUAUAGUCGCUCUGCCUCCUCUGUCGUGUCACCGGAGAGAGAGAGAGAGCAAAGAGGAAGGAAUAUGGUUUCAUCUGACGCUCCUCCCGUUUCAGCGCGGCUCUAGCGGAUCUGUAGCGCGAGCAGGAGGUCCAAACCCCCCUCUAUACCUGGAACAACCACCUUCCCCGUUCGCCGACCAGCCUGCAGGAGCUCGACCAGCACACCGGGAGACAUAAAUGGGUGAGAUGUGACGCUCGUUUCUGCUUCUGGGCUGAAGAAAGCCCAAAAAUAGCCUCCAGCUCCUCUGCGCAUCUGGAUGGGCAGGAAUAGACGCCCGGUCCAGAUGCGCGCUGGGUUCAACCUCUCUCCUUCCUUCCUUCCUUGCUCCCUUCCCUCCUCUCCUCUCACCUCUCCUGACGUCUCCUCUUCAGACGUAACCGAGCUGUUUGGAAGUAACCGCGCAGGCUUUGGCGUUUCACUCAAGAUUAGAAAGCCGCGCUCAUGUGUGUGUGUGUGUGUGAGUGGGUGUGUGUAUGUAUGUGUGUGUGUGUGUGCAGCAGUGAGACCGUGCGGGUGCGAUUCUGGGGGAAGCAGCGGGUCACAUUGAUGGGUUGCAGAUGUUGACACGUUUACAUUCACUCUGUGUGUCUUUCAGCCCAUUGUGUUGCUCUGUGUUUGACUCCCUCCAGCUUCCCGUCUCAGUGUGGAUGAAACAGGCCCUGCUCUCAUGACAUUCCUCCUCCUCCUCUUCCUCCUCCUCUUCCUCCUCCCAUCGUCUCUCUCGUGUUUCCCACAGCACUGCGCUGUUGCUCACAUUGCACGGGAUUUAAUUGUUUGCAGGUUUGGUUGCACGAGUUAUCAAUGAAUGCAGCGGGUUAUCUCAGGGGUGAUACUUCCCUUUUCUUCUCAUGACACUUCUUAUCUGUGAACACAUUCCUCUGCAAAAAGACACUAAAGUAGGGGAGACCGGGCUUGUUGUCACAUGGGUAAAGGUACUUGCACACCGAGAACAACUCAAAUAUACGACGCGAAUUUUGACGCACCUGAGUAUAUGCCUGACUCUCCACAAGUUGUCCUUCAGGUCGUUAUCUUUGUAAUAUUUGUCGUUGUCAUGGUCGUUUUCUUCCACUUCCACCAGCUCCUCCGGGGGGUUUCCCAGGCGCUCCCAGGCUAGGCGAGAGAUAUAGUCCCUCCACCUGGUCCUGGGCCGGCCACGAGGUCUCAAAGCGUCCCCCAUGGUUUAUGUUGACCCGGCUUUUUAGCUCUUGUCCGGUCUACCUCCGUUUUAAGCGCCCGUUAUUCCUCCAGAGUCUCCGGUAUUUACUUUGUUUUCUUGCUUGUGUCGGCAGUCGUGGCCAAAGGAGGAUUCAGACAAUUUUCCGAACUUUCUGGUUGGUUUCUACUGUCCGAUAUUGUAGCACGCUAACUUUGUUUGGGCUCCUGAACGACACGGGGGAGCAGCGUCUGCCUCACAACCAAUCAGGUUAGAGGAGGUGGAGAACGGCUUUGUUUACAGUCAGAAGGAGCGGACCGCACAAACAUACACAAAGAUAAGAGAACACAGAGAUAUUGUUAUAUUACCAAAUGUCAUCAAUAACUAAUAAAUAUUGACUGAUAUUAGAAGAUUUUUUUGUAAAUACACCACAAAAUAAGACGCUUCUUUAACGGAUUCCUGCCGACCCCACCUUUAAGUCAAAUUAGUUAAUUAGCAAACAUGGUAGUUUCAGUCAUUCUGAGGUUAGUUUUCACAUGUUUAAAAGGGCUUAAAAUGAACAUAGAGAGUCUGUUUAUCAGCAGUUGUCAUACAUACAUUUUGACCUUAUUUUUACGGAGAACAGAGCGGUUUAAAGGAGAGGAGAAAGAGAGAAGACAUGGUCAAGAAUUACAACGGAAAAACUGAACAUGUCAGUGCCGUUCCUGACGUGAUGCUGAGGACAGUCAGACUGGAGACCCUCGCUGAUAAAUCAAUCUGGAGGACAAUAAAGGACUUUAAUGUCAAAUACUAUACCUCAGUACUGUGAAGUAUUUACCCCAGCUGAAACACAGAGUCAGACAGACCUCCAAACGCCAGAUCAUGUUGAUAAUAUUUUAUGUUAACGUUUGUUUGAUGACUUUUUCUUUAACUCGAUGAUAAACAUUUUCAUUUUCCUUGUUUUAUUCGCUCUAAAAUCCACUGUGACAUCUGACCCCCUAUAGUGAGACAACUUACCCAAUGGUGGGGCAACAUGUCACAUGAUCACACUCUAUUUAAAUGCUGAUAACUCUGCACUGACACAAGAUAUGAAAAUGACAUGAAUACGAAAUACAUACCUGAGACUUUGGUCUUUUAUCUAGGACACAUUUUGAUUCCAAGAAAUAUGUAUAUGAGUGUAAAAAGUGUGACAACAAGCCCCGGUCUCCCCUCGCUCAGCUAACACAGUGAACAGUAAUGUGAGUCCAAUGAUGAGGUGCAGGCCUCCUCCAAAAUACCCAUUUCUGUUUCAGUUGGUGCAUACUUUCUCUUGGACAUCUGCCUCUGCUGCAUGUAAACAAACAAUGCACAGCUGUCCUCCAGGGAAACACUCACACUCACCGUCAAGGCUGGAUUACCAACGAGGAAAAAUCAGGCAAUUUACCCACCAUCAGAGAGCAUCACGAGGCCCCGAAUCCCCAAAGACGCUCCGUGUUUAUGUGCUGUGGUAGUUUAAUGAAUCCCUAAAUUGGAUGAGUUUGCACCGCUAAAUUACAACAUGAGCUGAAAUGGAAAUCGCAGAGCCUUUUUAACACACGAUGUGCGUCAGUUUAUGUGAAAAAGACCGUAUUAUCUUCAUGAAUUACAAACAUUAACUGGAGACAAACACACCACACAGACAGAUUAGAGUGGUGAUUAUAGUUUGGGGUGUCGGUGGAAACCCUAAACUAUUUUUUUUACAAUUUUAACCUUUUAUGGUCAACUUGUCGACUCAUAAAGUUUAUCUGUUCUGCAACUUGUGACUUGGUUUGUAUUUGUGAGAGACUUUAGAGUUUCACACAGUGGAAACUUUAAUUAUUUAACACCUGCAGUUCCACCAGUGUCCACUAGAUGCUCGCCCCAAAACUCAUCAAGUCCCAUUAGAACCCAUGGUAAACUUUCUCAUUUUUAAAAAAAGGUUAAACCUGAACAUUCUGUUUUCUGUAGCUCAUUUCUUUCAGUGAACACUUCUCUGAUUGGUCUGUUUCGAUCAUAUUAAGGUCAGGAGUCAAGCAUCAUUAAAGAGCGAUUGAGGGCGUGGCUAACUUAACAGCCAAUCGGCGCUGUGAUGUAGUCAACACACGAAGUGGAUAAUUAUUAUGCAGCCAGUCUCAGUAAAUUAUUACUCAUCUUAAAUACCCAUCGUUAAGUUUGUAUCCUUAGUGUAGUGAUGUGAAGAUCAGCUCUUUUGACUGAAUCUUUAGAAUCCGUUCAUUAAAAGGAUUCGUUCAAAAGAUUCGUUCACUGAAUCAGUCAGUACUUCAGAGCCCCGUACAUGAGUGAGUGACACAGCGGCGAGUUCGUUCAUUAGCCCCUCCCCUCCCCUGCUGCUGAAGUCACAGCGUCGUUCACGGUGACUCAUGUCGUUCAUUCACCAAGUCCUGAAGGAAGAAUCACUCCCCUGCCCUGAAAAACUCACCUCUCUGUGUGUCGCUAUCAGCGAGAACAACACAGCAGCGUGCAGCACGCCGCUAAACAAGCGCGAGUCGUCGUUCUUUUAUAUGUCGGAAAAGUGGAGAGAUUAAAAAUAAAUAAAGAUGUCAGCAGUAGCGAGGAUUCAGAUACUUUUAAAGAUAUCAAAUAUCAUAUUUCUUUAAAUCAGGAAAGUUUAUACACGUGUUUUAAUGUGAAGGCGCCAUAAUGACCUGUUUUAUCUGAGCCUCAGUCAACCAACCGCUGCUCGGCAGGAAGUGAACGACGCUACACCCCCUCUGACUGCAUCAAGUCAUCCGAAAGUCGUUUGUUUUGUUCACCAUGUCGCUCACUGACUGAUACAGGUCAUUCAUUGGCUGUGAGUGAAUCACGAGACUCCGCCUGCCCACUCGCUCGCUGUGUGUCGUUCGCCAAAGAGUCAAAGGCGGCAGUUCGACUCCCGACCGACACGCCAGGCUCGCGGCUGAGCUCAACUGAACUGAGAAAGGAACGAAUCAGGUCUCAGAGUGAUUCAGUUCAGGUCGUUCACUCAGCAGUUCAGUUCCUUUAAACGAAUCGUUCAUGAACGACACAAACACGACUUGUGUGUAGAAAUGGGAGUAUUUAGCGACAUAUGUCAGUCCUGUGGAAAUGCUCCCACACUUCUGACGAUUACUCUCCUUUUCUAUCAAGUCUUCGGCUGAGUUUUGAAGAAACUAUUGAACAUCUCUUCAUCACCGUGCUCCUGAAGAAUCUUCCUCCAGGCUGUAAGAACAGCAGACAGCAGCUUCGGUUACAGGAACCUACUGUAGAGCAGAAAACGGACAAGGAAGUGUGACUUGACACCUACAAAGAGGUUAUUAUGUGAUGCCAUGAUUUGCCAUGGGUACUGUGUCUUAGGUGAUAUCAUGAACCUCCAAAAGAGGACAGGAAAAGAGUCGUCCCACUUAGCCAGAAAAAGUCUCUAUAUGCCGAGGGGUUAAACGUGUAGAAGUGUCAGUCCUGUGUGUCAGGGCUGUGAGAUAAAACUGCAGCACAAAUAUAGAAAACAGACAUUUCUUAAAACUGCAGGAUUUGAUGGGGUUUUUCUUUGCUUGUUGACGUUGACGUCUUACAGAAUGAAGCCGAAACAUCACACCUAUGUCUGGAGGAUCUCUUUCUGCAGUUGCUGCAGUUUUCAAGGAGAAAAAGUGACUGCUUCGCCUUCUCAAACUGUGACCUUCACACCCCCUGAACUGAUGUGAAAGACCUCACACUUUGCACAAAGAAUUCAACAGUUUGACAGAUAGAGAUAUAAGUCAAAGGUGCACAUCUUCUCUGCUGUUAUUCUCAGUCUGAGCUGAAGGAAAUCUGAAAAGCCCAAAAAGGUCGGCUGUGCGCACAUUGGUUCACAACAGGAAUUGAAAAGUUUCGAUCCCUUUCUAGUGUCUGCUGUGCUGUCGUCACUGUCACUCAGAAUCCUUAUUUGUGGGUUCUCAAUGUGCAUUCUGGAGAGAACACAAACAUAGACAAACAGCAGGCUGAGAGAGGAUCGUAUCACCGAACGACUCCGACCGAAUGACGAGCGGAGAAUAGUUGUAAUGGCCCUUUAAUGUGGGAGAAUGUGCUGAAGUCUGUGAUCUGAUCCACAGUUGGAGUGGGUGGCUUUGACUCCCAUCGGGCUCCACUCCAGCCUGAAUGUUUUACAGACAGAAACCUGCAGCUGUUCUUGACAUCAUCAGCCACAGAGCGAGACGUACCCGCAACCAAAGUCAGGUUCAGCUCGGCUCUGCAGAGUUCCCCGCGUCUCUACGCUCAGGUUCCUCUUAUCUAAACUGACUGCAGCUGUUCACGGAGGAUGCAAGCUUUCUGCAUGUGUGUGUGAGAGAGCAAAGUGUGUGUCUGUGUGUGUGUGUUUUGACCAUUUGUGUGGGAGUUUUGUUUUGUCUGCAGGCUUUAAAAUAUUCAGUCUCUUGUCUUCUCAAGGCCUCCCCAUCGUCAUUUUUAGCCUUGAACACACGACGUAGCGCCAGCAACACGGGUGUCAGAGCUGGAAUUUAUAAUGAUCUCGAAUAUUAAUACACCUGCGGUCAAAUACCACAGGUAUAUUAUAAAUAAAUACACACCGCAGCAUGUGACCGUGGAUGAAAAAUAGGUUUAGAUUGACCUUAUUUUAAUCGACUUAUCAUUGCAGCCGUUUUAAGAAGUUUGUUCAUCAAAAACAACAUAUUUAACGUGAGUUUUAUUAUAUUUAACAUGCAGCUUUAGCAGAUCAGCAGGAUCUAAAACCAAAACAAGGAGCAAAGGAGGCGAAUCAGCCUGUUAGAGAUCAGAAAGUGGGUCUGUUUUCUGUUGGGGGGACAUAGUUACUCUAAAAACAGCAGGUACAAAUAAGAAAUCUGUGUAACGGCAAUUAAGUGAGUUAAUUUAUUCCAAUUAUUACGUUUAUAUCUUGUGUAAAUGUCACUUCUAGGCGACCAGGAUUCAUGGAAGUUUGAUUGAUUUGUUAGUGGGGUAUGAACAGCAGGAGGACCGUGUGGCCCGUGAAGCGCCGACUCUAACUAAACGACGGCGCGCUUGUGUACCUACUACUGAAGGGAUAUGUCACUGAAUAUAAUUGUGAGUCACAGCUGAUGUGUUUUUAGGCAACAAUGGAGGAUCAACGAGGCUAUAUUUGGCUCUGAAUGAAUGUAUCGCAGCCGUCUGAGGAGCAGUUUGUUGUAGAUUUGGAUUUUUUUGCAGAAAUGAUUCUUAGAAGAAGGAUAACGGAUGAAUAAUACCAUCAUACAAACCCAGCCAUCAAAGUGUCUUCAGAUGUGUCUUGGUAAGUUCAGGUAUUUUUGUGUUUAAUUCCAUCACACAGGGCUUUCAAAAAAUUCAAAUUACCGCAAAUUAGAUAUUGAUUAUUUUAAUUUAUAAUCAUUGAACACGCGAUUAAUGUUAAAACAGGUUUUUAAGUAAAAUAUAAAUAGACCAUUACUAUAACAUUAUCAUCAUAAUACUCCAGUCGAAACAAGAAAGCUUGACCAUGAAGCUGAAGCCGUCUUAAGAUGUGGACGUCUGAAGACAAAGUAAAUGUGUCUUAAGAUGUCUUCAGACGGUCCAUGUCUUCAAGACACAAAAAUAUGAAAGGGUGAAUCCUGUUUUCUGCUCUGGGAUGUCUUAAGACAUGUCUUUAACAUCGAAGUGUCCACUCUUAAGACAUGGUGACGUCUUCAAACUUUUGUCUUAAGGUCGCUUUCACACCAGAGCUGUUUGAUCCGCUUUAAUCGGACCAGAGUUUGUUUCCUCGGAUAGUCCUCUUCGUCUGGGCAGGUGUGAAAGCUCAAGCGAACUCUGGUCCGCCUGAAAACGUGGGUCUCUGGUUCGGUUCGUAUGCAGUGUGAAAGCUCAUCGGACCAAACACAGGACCGAAUGUACGUAAUGACGCUAUACGCAGUGCAUCUUGGGUAGAGGAAGCACAGCGUCCCUUGUUGCUAUGGCAACAAAUGACCGCUGACAUUAGCAGUUGCUAGCUAGCUUAGCUCAAUUGUCUGAACAACAAUAACUCAUAAAUUGGCGUAUUUAAACAAAAUCAAAUCACAACUACCAGCAGUCACAGUCCUUAAACUCUGAGCUCAUAUGUCGUCACAUGUUCGAUCGUCAAAGUUAGAAGAAUAACAGGAUCAUCCCUGACAAGCUACGAUAGCAUUAUAGGAACAGUUGCGUUCACUAACGUUGUAGCGUUCCAUAAUAUAAUGUGACGAAGGACGAUACAAGACGGUGAGUCCACCCCUGUUUGUAAUCCGUGAGGUCACAUACCCCUCCUACUUUGUCCAAUAGACGAGCGCUCCUUUAACCACGUGAUGCCCAGAAAGUUCGGUGCGCUUCAGAAAUCACCGCGUGAAAGCAGAACCGAAACAAGUGAUAAAUGCAACAACGACUUUCAGCUCCCCAAUCGAACCGAGUCCGCUUGGUCAGGUGUGAAAGCGACCUAAGACGUCUUGAUAAAUAUCUGAAGACGUCUUGAGACACUGAGUUUGUGAUGUUGUUAAAUGAGACGGUCAUUUAUGCAGGUUUACAGUUUCUGGUCAUGUCAGGCUGCUGCAGUGAGCGUUACAGUUCAUAUUGUGCGUAUUGUGGCUUUGUUGCAAAUUCCCCGUGUGCUGCUGUGCAUCUAUAGAUCUAAAGCAUCCCUGUAAACCAUCGACAAGUACAUCUAUUUAACAUCUAUGUUUCCACUGUAGCACAUUCUGGCUUUAACUUUGUGUCGCUUAAAACUUGAGCCACUCUUCGCACUCUGUGAUGUCCUGUUCAGAGCCACAAGCUGUCAUCUGUGUGUGUGUGUGUGUGUGUGUGUGUGUGUGUGUGUGUGUGUGUGUGUGUGUGUGUGUGUGUGUGUUUGCUGACUGACGUGGGUGCUGGGAGGACUGCAGUGUAUCCUCCUGCUCUGCCACUCACUCAGACGAAGUGUAAUGAUGGUGGUUUGCUCGACUACCGCAACAAGCUAUUAAUCCACAGCACAAACUUCCCCUCAUUGAAAAACCUUCCUCUUCUGCGUCUGCAGUUUCCCCCGUGAACCAACCAAACUGAGAGCCACACAAAAAAAAAGGAAAAAGGAGAUAGUAUUUGUGCCACGUCGCUGUCUCAUCUGCGGGUAAUCUCUCCAGUUAUCUGGAGCCAGAAUCAUAUCCUCUCUAUCUGAGCAGCAGGCCAACUUGGACCACGUUCAUCUGCUCUGUCUGCUUUAUACUGAUGCAUUGUGGAAAUCCUCCUCCUCCUCCUCCUCCUUCUUCCCCUGUGAUGUAAACUCUCAGAGACGCCCUGACCUUCCACUUUUACAGCUGCUUUCCUAAUACACGCGGUUGACUUUGGCUGGCGUGUCGUAAUUUGGGGGAUUUUGCUAGUUUGUGCGUUUUAUGUGUUGAAACAUGUGUUAAUCUAUAUGUGUGUGAGAGGGGAGGUCUUUUUAGGGAAAGGGCCGAUGCCUCUGAGUCAUUUCAACUCCCCGCUCUACCCUGUUUCUCAGCCCCCGCAGUUCAGAUGAGGACCUCGGUACAUAUGUGAGUGUGUGCAAUGACAUGCAAGAGUGUGUGUGCAAAGGUUUGUAGUGAGGAAAAUGUGUGUGUGAUGUGGCCUGUGCGGGACAUUUUUAGACGUAUUAUCAGCUGCACGAGCGGUCACAAGGUGUUUGUGUUUGUGUGAACGCAUUUGUGACCUGAAAGGAAAGAGCAGAGAGAGCGCGCUGUCGGUCGGAGUGCAGAUCCUCUCGCUGUUUAUGUCAAAGUUUAUUGGAAACAGACUUUUAUUAGACUGUUUUCAAAGUUUCCCUUUUUUCAAACGUGGCCAAUAUCAGACCGGAUCUUUCUUUCCCUAAAUUUUAGAUUUGCUUUAUUUUCUCAGCGUGGAAACUGUCAAAGACUCUGAUUAUGUUUUGAUUCUCUAAAUUUCAUGCACAGGGCUCCAUCUUUUCCUUUCUGGGCAUAUUUGACAUGUUUAAUUUUAAUUCUGUUUACAUUUGAUCAUUUCAUUCGUCACUACAUUACUUUUUAAAUGAGAAUAGUCCUGUGACUGUGCUGAAUCCUGUGCUUAAGAUAAUUAUUAAGGACAGUUAUAGGCUUUUAAACUAUAAAAAACAAGUUGCAAAGUGCCAAACAGUUAGAAAUAGCUAAUAAUGUUCACGUAUAAAGCCUGUAUGUCGUUGAUAUCAUUGUUGCUGCCUUUUUCUUUUUUAAUUAUUCAUUUAUUUACUUAGUUUUCUUAUUUUGUUUCUCUUUAAUGUACGUGUCUGAUUCUGCACUCUUUAUUUAUUUAUAUAUAGAUAUAAUUAUUUAUUAUUUUAUUUAUUUUUAUUUCUGUUUUGUAUCCCUUUGGAAUAAAAGGGAGGGAAAAAAUUAUGUGGUUAAAAAAAAGAAGAAGAAAAAAAACAGACUUUUUUUUGUUGUUGUUAUAUCAAUAUGAAAUAAAAAAAGAUGCUUUUAAAAAAGAGAAAUAGUGAAUAAAUAGGAUAAAAACAAAGAAGUUGAUGGCUUUAGUCAAAGAAAGUUUUAUAUCAAUAAAUAAGGUUAAUAAAAAUCCAAACAAAUUACCAUUUACAGAUGUUAGAUUCAAUAUUUGAAUAAUAAUAAUUGUUAUGUACUUUGAUCGUGCGUUUUAAAACAGUUAAAUCAGAACAGAAGUAAACUUUUUUAUGACUGCUAGGUUAACAGCGACCCGUACACAUGAUCGCGUGAGUGGGAAGGUCAUUACCAUAGAUAUAUAUAAGAAAGACUAGAUGACUCUACGAAGCGGAGUCACCAGCGUCCCUACACGGCGGCCAUCUUACUCCAGUAUACCGUUGCAGUACGCUCUAUGGUAGCUGAUGAAGUUUAGUAAUCUGCAGCAUCAAAAAUCCUCUGAACUCGCUGAAAUCUUGACAGAUUUGUCCUCUCUCUUCAUACAUCGUCUCACUACCACUCUCGUGUGACGAUCAUGAUCGCUGUGGUUGGAAAAGGACUCUGUCAUGGGUUUGUUUGGAGGUCACAGACAACAGGUUUUAGCUGUGAACGCCGGUGGAUGGAGAAGUAGAACAGCUGCUUCGAUAAAGUUUAGGGAGACACAUCUCUGUCUUUGUCAUAUAAUUGCCUCCUCCUCUUCUUCUUCUUCUUCUUCUUCUUCUUCACCCACAGCUUGUUAUUUGGGGGUCUUUGUCUCUCGGAUGUUAGCAGAUGGUUUGCAGCUGUGGCUCCAACACGGUAUCCUUCAUCCCAGGAGGAAACCUCACGCUGUGAAGACAGAAACGCAUCAUUGCAGUGGUCAGAUCUCAAGGACGCGGCGCACUGCGGGAAGAAACAAAACUUUAAUUUGUUAGUGAGAAAAACUUUCAAGGUCGGAUCGAUCGAAGAAGUGAAACUGAAGACGGUGAAGGGCGACCAUUUGAAUGCACAAAAUGCAAAAUUACGACUUCAUCUCUGCAGCUUUGAGGAUCAAAGUGAAAAGUACUCUGCUAAGGAUGUUGCUUCACAGUUGUGUGUUUAUCUCUUAGCGUGUUCCUGUUUCGCUUCCCCUUCGAGUCGAGAAAUAAAACGCAAACAUCAGAAACUUAAAUAUAGAACACCUCUGCAGACUUUGACCUUUUCAUGUGGGUUAUUGUUCACACAUGCUCUCUCUCUCUCUCUCUGCCCGUCUGUGCGACCCAGUGGAGGCCGUGGUGGAGUUCGACUAUGAGGCUCAGCAGGACGAUGAGUUGAGCCUGACGGUGGGCGACAUCAUCGUGAACAUACGGCGAGACGAUGGAGGAUGGUGGGAGGGCGAGCUCGGCGGACGCAGGGGGCUGUUCCCAGAUAACUUUGUCAGGGUGAGUAAUCACAAUCUACUCAUUUUCUCUCGCCGUCCUCCUCUCAUUCUCAGUGUCUUACUCGCUUCAUAAAAAAACCACAAGAGGCCCUCCUCCAUAAAUAGCAGCGGAGCAAACAUGCAGAUUAGAGUGUGUCGCUGCAGUGCUGGUUGGCUUUGGGUGUUUCUGUUGCUAUUUUAGCAAAAGGAAACACAGAUCCGUCUGUGAUGAGAGCUCUGUUUCCUAUUGUUAAGAGAUUGUGAGGGUUUAGACGUGAAAUAAGACGUGCAGUCAGAUUGGACUCAGCUGCAAGCUCACAUGAACACAGAAUUUGAUCAUUGGUUGGUAUGAAGGCCGUGGGACAAACCUCCAAGCGUUUGGGUCUGCAGGUAAGAUCAGUUCAGGAUGUUUAGUUUUUGUUUUGGUCUAUUUUUAUCGAUUUGUUGUUUAUCAGGGUGAAGCUACACUACAGGACGAACAGUUUUUUUAAUCCAGCACGAGUUUUAUGUAUUUUGGGAUUUGUUUUGUUUGAAGUAAAGGGUAUCAUGAAGAAGGAACAGUACCACUCCAUCCUCCAGCACCAUGCUGCUCCAUCUGGACUCAGACUUGUGGCUCAUAAGUUUGUUUUGCAGUGAGACAAUGACCCUAAGCUCUCUGCCGAGCUCUGUCAGGGUUACCGAGACAAAAAAGAAGAGGAAGGUGUUCUUCAAAAGAUGGUUUGGCCCCCUCAGUCUCCAGACCUUUAUCCAACUGAGCUUGUGCGGGAUGAAUUGGAUCGAUCGGUCAGUAAAACGCGUCCCACGAAUCAGCGUCUCUUUUUAAUGAACUUAAGAAAGCUUGAAUGUAAUCCCUGGAACAGACCUUAGAAAACUUGGUGAACGAAUGCCAGAGGAGGUUACUUUAGAGAAAGUCUAACAACAAUAACUCAAAUACCUCAGAAUUAUAGUCAAAAUGUCUUCUGAUAAGUUACUCUUUACACAACAGUCAUGUGUAGUCAUUUUUUGUACUGAUCUGAUCUUGCUUCCAAACUUUUGCCCUGUAGUGUACAUCUGGAGAGCAUGCAUGUGCAAGCUUGGGUGUUCCAAAGUCGCAGUCACCACAAAAUGAACCACUGCGAUAUUAAAAUGCCAAACAUGGAGCAGGGAAUGCACCGUCUGAGCGUCAUGUGACCUCGCCUCACCCCGGUUUAUGUUCAGGCAGAAGACUGCCACUGGGUUUCAGCCCGAUUUAAAAAGCAGAACCAGCUAAUUUGAUGAGGCAACUGUGCUAAUAAAAGAUCUCUGUGGAAUGAGGAAACACGUCCAAUCUGAGAUCGCACCGAGCGAGUUACCGUUCAGUCAUCAAGGCGAAGCUGCUGCUGCUGCGUCCUGGAGCACACGGUCGAGGAACAGCUCAGAGUCGGUGAAGCUUCUGCACGAGUUCCCAAAUACAACAGUGGAAGUGACAGACGAACACCGUUGAGUUAGUGCAGUUUUCCAUGCUGGAGAAACCGGCACCAGAGUCAGUGAUUUAAAAAUAUGACAAGUAAGAAGAGUAGUUUGGAAAACCCGUUUCAGAACGAUUGGAAGUCAGUGUUCAUGUUGGAUCAGUACCAGUAAAAGAUUUAAUCCAAACACAUGAUUUCCAGUAAAAUCCAUCAGAUCUACAAACGCUGUCUGAUCCUACGAUCACAUGAGACCUUAGAUCGAUUACUUCCUCCUUCUCAGGUAAACAGCUUCAGUGUUAUUAUCAAUCGUGAUAAAAUCCAGGUUCUUCGAGGUGUGGCUGAGUAAGAACCAGCUCUUCGGCUCUCAGGUGACUCUUAAGCCGAAAACACACAGGAUGCGUAUUUAGAGCGUGGCAGCAGCGUCACGUAUCACGCAGCAAAUAGAUUCCCAUUCUAAUAAACGCAGUAAGUCGAUUUUCGCUGCUCUACACUUCAAUCCACACAGAGAAGAUCGUUCCAGACAGGAAGUCAAGCACAAAAACCGUGCAUGUCAUCUGGUAAAUUUCAAAAUAAAACACCAUAUGUGAACUCCAGUUGGUGUUGAUGAGAAAUCCUUCCUGGUUCUGGAUUUAUCAGUAACACCGAACAAUCCGAUGGUUGACCUGCUAACUCUGUCUGAAGGAAACAGCAUGAAGGAACAGAGUUUAUUUUAUUAAACACCAGGAAACCUGCAGAAACACAAACUGGAAAAUCACUUAAAACUUUUUCACAGACAGUCACUGAAUUAUAUCAGAAUUAUCAGGAAAUCAGGGGAGGUCUGCACUACGCUGCUGCUACGCUCCAAAUACGCCGAUCCUGUAUAAGAUACCCAACGCUGCUCUACGGCGCAAAUAUGGAACGCACUUAAUACGGAUCCUGUAUGUUUUAACCGUUUUUCGAAUGAACCUCCAUGAUAUUAUUCGAAAUAGUAAAGCCAAUAAAAAAACUAUCUCCAGAUAAGUGAACCAUUGCUCUGAUAUUGUGAAAACAUUUGUGUUUCAGGCAGUUUUUAUCUCAGUUGUGGUUCUCCAAACAUUUGUGUUAAAGACGUAGUUUUUUUUUUUUUUUUUCUGAGGUUUUUGUUUCAAUUGGCGAAAAAGAAACCGAACAGAUGAGUCACCCGUCUGUGGUUGGAAGCGUUGUCCAGUUUGAGCCCAUCUUAAGUCGGUUUGGAUCUCGCCGCACCAUUGUGGACUGGGAACAACAAACAGUCGUGACUUUGUUGAGCGUCAAUUUGGCAUGAGUGCGAUGGAGGCUGAAGCCAGCUCAUUGGCAGAGCGCAGCGGAGUGUAGUGGGGAGGCUGGGGGGUUUGGUGGCGGGGUGGGCCCCGAGUCAUUCACAGAAAGAAGUCUGAGCUAAUAAAGGGACUUGGAGUAGAUUCUGUGAAGUGUACAGAUGGAGAGAAAGGCUGACGACAAGCUGCGUUCUUCAACUCGAGUAAAAAGUCGACACUUAAAGGCAGACCGUUCAUCCUGUGAACGUUUCUCUUAUUAAAGAGCCGUCUUCAUUUGUCAUGUGUGACUUUGCUGAGGUGGAGACGCUACAUUACCCCCGAUCUCCACCCUCAUCCUGAUCAUCUCCUAAAAGGUCGUAUCCUCCGAUCGUAGCUGAUCGUAACCAUUCAAGUUAACGUGUCAAUUUACACCGACUUCUUUCCGUUCCUCUGCGGAUCGCCGGACUCCUCAGCUGAUCACAUGAGUUCUAUUUUUUCUGGACGCCGGAGCAUGGCGGAUAAAUUCAGCACAGAUUAACCCGUGCUGGAAAGGAAGUCGGGCACAGACACAAAAUAAAACAUCAACAAGUGAAAGGUUUUUAGACGUCAUUUCACCCCGAUGACACCAUGGAUGAGGAGAUGCUGAUUCUAGAAGUCUAGAAGUAGAUUUCCUCCUCUGGAAGGACACAAUCUACUGCUGAUAUGUCUAUGUGUCUGUCUUUAUAGGGACAACUCGUUAUCGCGUGAUUGUGAAUCUGCGGGUUCUUGUGAGUUCUCGCGAUUCUGUAUUCUGCCAUGAAAUUCGCCUCAUAAACAGAUCUGGUAAGAAUUGGCGAACAGCGAAAAUCGCCAGUUAGAUGUUCUCCCCUCAUCGGACUUUCUGGUGUUUCACUCAUUUGUUCAUUAGAUGAGUUGUAGUGAUGGGUGUGAUAACUGAUAUGAUAUUUCUGAGUUAUUCGAUUAUUCUUGUAAGACGUCAGUUUUUCAUGUUUUAUCCUCGAAUCAAAAAUUCAGGCGCCUCGCUGCUUUUGUCGGCUGUCACUCUGAAGUUCUGUCGGAGGGAUAAACAUCUCCUCAAAAGUGAUCUUCACAGUUUUCAGCGCGUCGCUUCCUCUUUCUCUCCUUUGUAGUUUCUCGUCUUUUGUUGACUGUGCGCUGAUCAGUCGUUUUGGUUUUUGUUUGUGUUGAACUGUAACUGCACCACCCUAACACCUUCAGCUGAUGAUGAUGAUGAUGAGACAGGAGACUGUGAACACCAGGGUAAGCAGGGGUACUUCCUCCAAACGCAGAGGCUGCUGAGAGGUACGCAUGAACCUGAAAUUUCUGAUUCACUUUAAUGUUUUUUUUUCUUUAGUUUUUAGUAAAAUAAUUAACCAUGAAGGAGCAAAGAUGUGAAAAGAAUGACUUCCAGACUUUGUCAUCGGACGGUUUAUGAUGGAGAACUUGACAUUUAAGGCUUUGAAACUAGUGAUGCACGAUAUGAAAAAUUUCAACCGAUACCGAUAACCGAUAAUUUUCUUCUUCUCAUGGCCGAUACCGAUACCGAUAACCGAUAAAUUCAUAUUUUUACAUUUAUUAUAAUCUUCAUAUAAUCUGCAGUUUGUGCAGGAUGCAGCGAUUGAAAACUGAUAUUUUUGUUGCUCUGGCCUAUCUAGAACAACAAACUAAAGUUUUUGGCUCUUCAAAUGUUUAUUUUUUCCAUGUCAUCACAAAAAUAUGUGGUCAUUUGCUAUAAAUAACAAUAACAGAGCAAAAAGCAGAACUUCAUUUGAUCCCCUGAACUGUUCAACAGAACUGUAAACUGUAAAGGAGCUAUUAUGAGACGUUAGCAUUAGCAUGCUGACCGGACUAACAUGUGACGUCCAUAUGUCUGUGGUAAAACUCACGUGUAGUCCGGUCUUGUCGAUCAGGUUGUGAAUGUAUGUGGCGACAAUAUCAUAGAGUGCAGGAAGAGACACAUCCGAGAAGAAGCGGCGGCUUGGGAGAGUGUAACGUGGCUCCAAGUGUGCUAUGAACUUACGAAAACCCGGGUUCUCAACGACGGAAAAAGGCUGGUCGUCGACCGCUAUGAACUCCAUCACUUUGUCGUUAAUGGCUUUAGCCUUUUCGCUGUCUCUUGAGAAGCUUUUGCAGUUUUUAAACGCCUGCUGAAUGGGGACAUCGAUCCUCCGUAGUGUUGUUGUCUUAGCUUUAGUACCGCUAGCAGCUUCGGCGGCUGUCUCAUAGUCUUUUAAUACCGCUCCGCCGCGAUGGCGACUUUUCAGAUGUGCUAUCAGAUUCGUUGUGUUAAAACUUGACGUCUUCUUUCCUCCUCUUGGAAUCCUCGCUGAACAGGUUUUGCAUAUAACAGCUGUUGUCAUCUUCUGCCACUGAGAAAAACGACCAUGCUGGUGAAGACAUUUUAUUAUCUGUCAGGUAGUGACGGGGUCAGGCUUGGGACCUGCGAGUAAGGCGCAUCGGGCGGCUACUCCGCCUGCAAACGUUACUCGUAAUUUCAUUAAUAGAUCGCAUCUUUCUAUCGGAAAAAUGCACCUAUCGGACCGAUAAAAAAUGACGUAAUUUUCCCCCAAAUCGGCCGAUAUUCUAUCGGUCCGAUAAAUAUCGUGCAUCCCUAUUUGAAACACCAAACAAAACACAUACAGCUGUGACAUUUAUAUCCAAGAACUGGUUCAGACCGUCUGCAGACUGAUUUACGGGGCUCUCCUUCACACCUUGAGCCUGUUUUAUAAGAUAUUGAUUGAUUACGUAUCUGUCUUAUUGAGUUGCGCCUAAAUGUCCGUAUCUAUCGUCUGCUGGUGGGUCAAAGUGGAGUGUGUGUGUGUCGGAGUGGAGGUGAUAGUCAGCUGUGUGUUUGCGGUGAUAGGAAGAAGGAAGUGUAUCUCUCACUGUACGAUGGGAGGAAGUAGAAAAUUGCGACAGGUCGAGAGUGUGUGUGUGUGUGUGUGUGUGUGUGUUCGCGUUGUGACUGCUGCGCUGAAGACGUGGGUCUAUUGUCAGGACGGUGACUGAGCGGAGAGGCUUUAUUUGUGCUGACUGACUGUCACAGCUCUCAUUCAGUGUCAGAGAGCUGGACAAUGGGCCUGUGAUGGCUGGGUUACAGUGUUUGCAUGAGUGAGUGUGUGUGUAAGUGUGUGUGUGUGUGUGUGUGUGUGUGAGAGGCAGGCGGGGGGGGGGGGAGCCUGUGAGUAAUGCAGUAAUACCAGACUGGUCUGUCACAAGACUGCAGUUAUGGGAAUCAGUGACAUUCAGCUUAGCAAUGCUGAUGAAUGUGUGUGUUUGUGUGUGUUUGUGUGUGUGUGUGUGUAGGAAGUGGGGGAUGUUGGCCAGGCAGGUUUUAAAGGUGGGGGGGGCAGGAAGUGAUGGUAUGCAGUCACCCCCCCCCCUCUCUGUUGCCAACAUGGCUGACCCCCCUGCACAGAUAACUAACUAACUAAUAAGCAGAAGGCGGUCGAGUUAACGCUCUACGUUUGUUUGUUUCCAACCUUUAAACCCACAAAGUUGUAAUUUGAGCAGGAUUAACGGCGGCGAACAAACCGCUAAUCCAGGAUUUAACAUGGUUAGUUUGAAGCUGCAGAUAUUAUGAGACUCACCACAGAGUUAGGAUGUAAACUGUUCGACCAGAAAGUACCUGUUUCUGAAAACUGAGUGGCAGCCUGUGGUGUUGAAAACUGACACCAAAGUGGAAGUGCAUAAAACUGCAGUUCCUCUUCUUUCCUGGAAUAGGAAACCUCAUCAGAGGUCGUCACGAAUGUUCAUCUGGGCGACAGAAGUGGGAUUGAUUCAGAAGAGUGAACGAACGCUGAGUUAUUAAAACAUGUGAGCUUCUUUCACAGACAGCAUCACCUGAUCUUUGUUUACAAUAAGGACUUUAUGUUGAAGUAAUACUUUAAAGUUACAGUAACUCACAUUAAUUAUCCCAAAUGAACAUUUUAGAGAGUUUAUUUACAAAAUCAUCCAGCUCAACUUUUGAUGAUGCUCAUAAAUCUUUAGACGUAGAGUUGGGCGGUAUGAACAAAAUCUUAUAUCGGGGUUUGAGUAAUUUCAUAUCACAGUAUUUUAUCAUGGUAGUUUUUACCUCCUGUAAAUUCGAUUAAUGGAUUAAAAAUAAUCGUACUGUCGCAUUUGUUCAUUUUCCUUUUAUUUUUAAACUCAGAUUUACGACAGAGUAUCAGGGCCACAUGAAGAGAAAAAAAAAUUAAAGGCUUCAAGAUUGAUUUACGAGAAUAAAGUCAUUACUAAUGAGAAUAAAGUCGUAAUAAAGUCAUUACUAAUGAGAAUAAAGUGGUAAUAAAGUCAUAACUAAUGAGAAUAAAGUUCUGAUAUUCUAACCUGUUGUUUAAGGUGACAGUUGUUGAAAUUAGAGUCAUGGAGCGUUUCAUGAAAAUUUACUUCAGUAUAUGUUUCUCAAACAAGAAGAUACUUCAUCUUUUUGCAGAUCAGCUCCAUAUUAUCAGAAGUAUCAUAAGGAUUUUUUUACGACUUUAUUCUCUUAAAGUAACAACUUUAAUCUCGAAGUCUAAAUUUUUGUUUGUCUUAAUUGGCCCUAAUACUCAGUCGAACGGAUGUGUAAACAAACACAAACAAACUGUCCGACCAGUCUGUCGUCUCUUUGGUGAAAGACUCUGAAAGCUCUUUAGUCUGAGACGAGCUGCUGCAGUUUUAGUUUUUGGUGCAGCAGGUGCGUCACGCGUCUUUAGUCUCUCAUAAUAGAGUUUGGUGUGUUUCAUCUUUAGGUGGUUGAAGAGGUUUUCUGGUGUUUCCUCCUCCAACAACGACAGACACACGACACUCUUUGUAUAGUUUUGUUUUUUCGAUCGUUGUACCUGUAGACACUUUUACACUGUCGUACCGCCCGACACGAGUUCUCGUCUGAACUCGUCUGUAAAUAACCAGGGCGGUGUGUGUUUAUGGGAUGAUCUCUAAUCAUCUGACCUCUGGGGAGGAGAUAAGUAGGUGUAGAAAAUCAGAAUCACAUGCUCUGAAAUGAUAUUAGAAGCUGCACAUUGCUCUUCAUGCUGCAAAAGAGCAGCUGGUCACUGCUGAGUAAACAAGAGGCUGAAAGUCCCAUCAACUUUUUCUCGUUUCCUUCGUUUUUUUCAACCUUUUCACGAGACGAGGAGUUUCUUUCUGCUCAAACACGACUGGAGGAAAACUUCUUUUCCAGUCUGCAAAUAUCGAAAAAGUACUUUCAGAAAAAGUAUUUUUCCAGAGUCAGAGCUGAAACCUGGGGUGACACAGUUCUGCACGUUAUACAGUAAAAAUAAAUAAAAGUAGACGAUAUUUUCCUGACAAAUGACGACGUAAAGGAUUUAAACGAGGGCUUGACUGAUAUGGAUUUUUUGGGGACGAUGCCGAUACCGAUUAUUAGGGGGGAAAAAUCUGAUUACUGAUUAAUUGGCCGGUUUUUAAAUUUUUUUUAUGAAGUUCUAUAUAUAUAUAUAUAUACUGUAGAUGUCUACAGUAUAUGCUGUAGAUAUACAGUAGGCUACUGUCACGCCGACAGGAAGAUCAACUGGUGAAACUCCGACCAGAGAAGCGUUUUGAACUACUAUGAAGAUUGUCAUGAUGUCGCUGCGCCAUCUACAGGAUAAGUCAGGGAACUUUUUAAAUGGUGGAACAUUUUCGAAGUGGAACCAAAUCUUAUUCUCCGCAUUUUAUUUCUGAAAAUAUCAGCGAAAAUCGGCGACUGUUGGCUGAUUAUCGAUUAAUCUCAAACGGGCUAAAAUUGGCCGAUUUAAGGUCCAAAUUUUGAUGCGCCUGACUAUACGCAUCAAGCCCGAUUUUGUGACUUUGUGGGGGAAACAGAUACAUCCUGGGGAAGACUUUUGCCGAGGAAAGUCCCGCCUCCUUGAAAAGUUCAAACAAAGACGUUUAUCAAACUGUUAAAGCUCACAAACCAUCGUCAGAUGAGAAAUCCAACGCUAUGUUGUCCUUCAGGUCGUUUUCUUUGUAAUAUUUGUGUCUUUUAUCAAAAAUCACUCUGUUCUCCGACACGUAAACAAUCAGCCGGUCGGCCAUGUUGGAUAUACCGGUGAAUCUGACGUCGCAACAACAUGAAAUCUGAUUGGUCAGAAGUGGACACACAGUAUGAGAAACUUUAGAAAAAUCGACCGUGAUCUGAAAAAAUAAAUGCCGCAAUAUCGCAGGACGGGAAGACGUCACUGAUGUUAACGCUUGUAUUGACAGGAUACAGGUUCAAAAAAAUAUUGACGUCCGAAAUGAUCGCACGACAAAAACAGUUCUGGUGUGAAAGGAGCUUUAUCCUCCGCAUUUUAUUUUUGAAAAUAUCGGCGAAAAUCUGCAAGUUUUGGACGAUGACUGAUUAGUCUCAAACGGGCUAGAAUUGGCCGAUUAAUCGGUCGGGCCCUAAUUAAAACUAUAUCUUCAGAUGACAUCUCUGAAAACACAGCUCUCUCUCUCUCUCUUUCUGGCUCACAGGGUUGUGAAAUGAGGACAGAUCUUAUGAAAUGAGGGGAAAUCAAAAGUUGUGUUUCUGUUCUUUACACAAACGUUUUUCAAAGCUGAGCUCUCUCUUUGUUUCCCUGUUUUCUCUCCUUUUGUCUCUGAGUUUCAGAUGAUUUCGCUGCACUAAAAAGACGGUUUACUGAGCGGCUCCUCUUCAUUGUUUUCUUUUAUCUGUGACUCGGGGAAAAGGUCAGAGGUCGGCUGACGGGGGAUGCACAAGGCGAUGUUUAGCAUUAGAGCCGUGCGGGGUAAACAACAUACUUGCUGUCACACAGACACACACAGACACACACGGCCACCGCUGCAGCCGAAAUUCUGCAGGUGUUUCCUGCUCUGAUAUGAUGAAUCACGCCGCCUUCCUCUCCUCUUUUCACUCGGGUUUCCUUUAACUCUGGGUUACCUUCACAUGGCGGGAGAGAUUUAGAGCCACCCCAGAACAGUCGAGUUAGUCUGUUUUUGAUUCGUCUCUGCCAAACCGUGCUCUCAUUAGUCUCAAAUUUAUUAAUUAUUCAAACGAGAUCGAAAACAGAUGGUUUUAGAAAUGGACCGUAAACACGGACACUCUGUAGGCUCACAAACGGCUGCUGUGGUUGUUUUUGUGUGUGCAGUGUCGAGUCUUUAUUGUGCGUCUACUGUAUGUGUGUGAGUUUCUGAAUGAGUGAAUGUGAGUCUGUUUUCAGGAUGUGAAGGCACGCUCGGUUUCACUCUUUCUUCCCACACUCUCGCUGCAGGAAAAUCGAUCCCGGCGUUACACUUUCACUCUGUAAUCAAACUGCAAACAAGGACAGGUGACCGACCCGGGUUUUAAAGGUCGGACAACAUGAACCAUUAACCUCCUAAACGAGGAAACCGGUCCACGACCGACUCGCUGAGCUGUAAACCAGAGGAAGUGAAGUACAGAGACUCUGAAUCCACGUCGAAGCAGCUGCAGCUCGUGAAGUUUCAAAGCGUUGGCUCCAAAAAGGAAAUUUGUUCACCCACGGCCUCCGAACAGUCAAACUGAAAUGUGGUGGAUCGAGCUCAGAUGUUACGUAACCGUUUGAGAAAGGAAGAUCUGGCGCGUACCCAAACAAAAUAAAUGUUCAUAACUCCCAGUUUAGUUAGAGAGAGAGAGAGAGAGAGAGAGAGAGAGAGAGCACCUCUCUAUCACUACCUUCUAGCAGCAUCUGUUGUUUUCUAGUCUUAGCUUCGGUACGGUUGGGCGAUAUAGGCUAAAAAAUUUAUCACGAUAAGGUUCGCCGUUCUGCCGAUAACGAUAAAAGUUCCACGUUUUUGACUCUUUCUGUCUUGAGGACGCCGGUUGGAGGUCAGAUGAGAUACUGAACCACAAGUUUGAAGUCCUGGUUGACGAUCUGAGAAGCUGAGCUGUUGAAGCAGAUUUGAAAAAAGCGUCCCACCUCCUCCCCUCUGUGCUCCACCAUAACUCCGCCCCCUGAACCUGUAUCGCCCCCUCUGGCAGAAGAUCCUGCUCUAGCUUCAAAUAGGAUUCACCAUGUCAGAUUGUUAGUGACUAGCGGCAGUAAACGCCAGCUCUGCUAGCGAGCGCCGUCUGCAGCUCCCUGGACAGCUACCGUGUUGACAUGUCAGAGACUAAUCAGAGUUAUUUAUGUAACAUGAGCCACGAUAAAAGGAGAUAAAAAUGACCUGUUCAACAAAAACUCUGCUGUCUCUGCGUCUGUUUUCAGGAUGACCCGAUGUUUAUUCAUGUUAGAUUCCUCCUCGACUCCGCCCUUUUCUCUGUCGGCGGUGUGGCGAGCAGAAGUGUUUUUUUUUUUUGCGUCCUUCUCCAUCACAGCUCCUGUAGCUAAGCUGCUACGCUACUUUUAGCCGCUCAGAGCUCCGAGGAGGGCCGGCAGAGUGGGAGGGGAUGAGUCGGAACUACGGGAGAAGGGUGUGUCAAAUACAGCGAGGUGAUUGGAUGGAGAGGUGAAGCAAGAGAUAGACCAAUGGGAGCUGUCCGGGACGGAUGGCUCCCAUUGGUCAGUGUUUUUGCAGCCCUGCAGUUCUUUUCUUUGUGGAGAUCGCACUAUAGGACCAUGGUCGCCAUAGAAACGAGGUUCAGAAUAAUUACCGCUCUCUCAAAUCGUCAAACAUGACUUUAAGUAGUAGGAUUUGGAGAAAACUAGUGAAAACACAUUUGUUGAAAACUCUUUCUGCGCAGAGUGAACAGAUUUACUCUCCGAUGUUGGUCAUGUUCCUGAUCGAACUCGUCCAAAUCUGAAACAGUCUGAAGCUCCUCAGAAACGUCUUCUUCGUCACCUUCGGCCAUGUUUGUUUGUUAUUCUGAUCUGUGUGGGCUUCGGCUGCGAGUCCGUCACUCGCGCUUACGUCAUCAACUUGCAUUUAUCGUGUUUAUCGUGAGAUGGCAAAUAUUUAUCGUGGAGGAUUUUUCUGACGAUAAUUUGUUAACGAUCAUUUAUCGCCCACCCCUCAGUGUCAGGUUGAGUUUUGUCCUUUUUUAGCCUCUUAAAUCUUCUUGAAAGUCCAGAAUUUUCUCUGGUUCUUCCUCUUGGCCCGGAGUCAUGAGCAGGGUUUUUCCUGCGUUCAAAAUUGCGUGGCGGCCGCCUCCACCUAAUUUUGUGCCGCCCCCGGCCAGAGCGAUUGAUUUCGCUCAACACAGCGUAAAGCUCCAGCUGUGUUGAUUGAGCGAUUGAUGUCCCUCUGCAGCAGCAACGUAUUUUAACUGCAGUUGCAGCGUUGCGCCACUAUAGAGGCGCUAUAUCAACAGCAGUGCACCGGAAAGACCUGAAGCAUCUACCGAAGAAGAAACGGAUCGAAUCAUGUUUUUUUUCCCGCUAGUUGGUGCUAUCGGCGUCCUGAUUUUCCCUGGCGGAUGGUACAAACAGGUAAAUACUGCUUGUCUUUUUUGCAUCCAAGCAUGUCGUGUUUAUUUAAAAAAAAAAAAAAAGUUUCCUCCGUUUUUUAGCAUUGCAGAUAUGACAGGCAAAAUCAGCCAGUACUUUAAAAAGCGACCUCGCGAGGAGGAAAGUCAAGAGUCCAAGUGAAACACAGCAGAGAAAAAACGUAACAGACAGUUAAAAUGCUAUAAUUCAUGUUGGUGACAACGUGGAAAUUUGUGUCAGGUCUGAAAGUACUUCACAAGGGACUGGUGAUCGCGAGGGUCAGAAUGCAGGACAGGACGAGUCGGCGAGGCGAGGGUAAUUAAUUAAUUAGUUUCCAAUUAGGAGCAUAACAACGCAAAACCAACGUGUACGUGGUUUUUAUUCCUCUUUCUAGAUCUUCUCAAAAACACAGAGCCAGUGGCUUUGACAAGCAGUGGCUCAAUCAAUUUACCUGGCUCAGGCAUACUGAGGAAGGCAUGCACUGCUAUUUAUGCCAAAAGCACUGUGCCCCAACACAGCAGGCAAUUGCUGCCUCCUUAGUGAGACAGCCAUCAACCAACUACAGGCUGGACACAUUAAAAAGACAUGAGGUGACAGCCAUUCACAAAGCAGCAGAAGAGAAGGAGAAAUAUAUUAAAGAUGGUAGUACCUAAAAAAACUCAACUAAUAAAGUUACAAAAACUAAAAUAACAUAGUUUAGAUAGUUUAAGAAAUAAUUGGUUGUCGUUUUUUUUUUAGGGAGGACACUCCAGCGUAUACAUAUAUAUAAUAUAUGAUUAAAACACUAUCACUCUUCAUGUCUGUAUCAGAAUAAAAACAAAAAAUGCUUAAUGCAUGAUGAAUUGUUUUGUUUAAGGUGAAGACACCUCUGUGGAACAGACUGAAGGAGAGGCACUUGGAUGUCUGUUGUAAGGUGGCCGUUGAUGGACCAGACCAGGAGGCCUUGGACUACAAGGAGUGCAUGAGGAGGUUCUACAGAAUGAAAAAGAGGAGGCUGAAAUGUUCUGUCUGGUUGUGAGAUGUGUGGAUGAAGUGUACUUUCAAUUAAAAGUUGCCAGCUGAUUUGUGUAUGUAUAUAGUUUUAAUAAAUGAAUGCUUUAACAUGAUAAUGGUCACACUCUUUUUUGAACUCUUAAGUAUGUUGCCUGUAAAAGAAAGUGAGUCAGUUGAAUUUACAAAUACAUGCACGUCAUGGCGCAUGGUCAGGAUGGUGCCACCUCUGCCUCAAUUUGAGCCAGGAAAAACCCUGCAUGAGGACCUUUUAUCGGGUUGCACAAGAACUCUGUUGAUGCUCCCGAAGUUUCUGUCGAGUCUUCCUUCAACUCAACAAAUCUCAAAGUUGGUGUCUCGAAUAUUUCACUAAACUCUAAACUAAAUUCACGCACACAGGAGCCUGGCUAAAAGAUGUUUUAUGUGAUUUGCGAACAACUUGGUGCUCAAUAGUUGACCCGUAAAUUUCCAAAAUGGUUCCUGUCCCACAUGUGCACUAAAGUAUAACAUCCUGCUCUUCUUCUGACUUUAGAUAUGAGGCGAUAAUUCGUGUUUAUAUCUUCACGCUGUCUCUGCUCUUAGUCGUACCCGGUCACUCCUUCUGCUCGCUCCUUCUGUUCUUCUUCUUCAGCUUCUCCUCGUACCGUGAACAUCGGUGUGUAUUCUGCUCCGUGUUCAGAGUUCGAGGUCGUUUGAACCUUCACAGCCACCGCAGCAGCAGCAGCUGAAUAUAAACCAGCUGUUGAUGUUCAGUUACACCUUUAGACGAUGGUUUAAUCUCUAAUAAAACCACAAAGUUUCUCUGUUUCUAAACUUGUGAAAUAGAGACGAUGUGAAGACGGCUGUUUAGACUCGUUCAAAGGCACCUCUGCAGCGGUGGAAACCACUUUAAUGAAUCAUUUUAUGCUGACUAAUUCAUUUUAGUAAGGUAAUGUAAUUAGUUUUUAAUAGGUAUACCUAAUGUGUAAUUUAUCACACAGUGAACCAGAGAGAGAGCGGUACAUUUGCAGGUUGAUAAUGGAGCGUUUCUAAUCGGACAUUCAGUUUUCUUUCUUCAGCGACGUGACGAUAAACGGAGAUUUUCUCUCAUGUUGAUGUUUCUUCACGACUCUCUUUAUUCAGGAGAAUCACAGGAGGUUCAGUGUAACACAAGAGUCAGAGGUUCACUCAGAAAGGAAAGAAAAUUCAAGGACGAGGAGGAAAAACUUACAGCAAUGAAAAAGAAGACGAGUCAAACCUGCAUCAGGAUCUACGGCUCUACGAAAACUUUUUACACUUAUUUACAACCGUAGAGUGUCUGUAAAUAAAAUACCAAUUAAUAAAAUGCAAAUAUUCCUAAAUUUAUAGCUGUAAGACAUUAUUGACCGUGUUGUUACAUAACAAAAAAACAACUAAGUUCUUUAAGUACAAAGUUUUGAUCAUUUCUAACCGUUUUUUUCAUUUCCACUGUUUUUCUCUGUUUUAGACGACAAGUGGUCGUCACACGUAUUUUUGCGUUUCCAGUCAACGCCAUGUUGACACAAAUUGUCGCCUGACACGUCAAAGUCAUUUGGAUAUCGCUCGGCUCUGUACUUUGGAGACGGAUAAGAGUUUUAAAGUUUUUUCACGGUCCCUGAAAAAAAUGUCCUCGGGAACAUUUUCUUCGACAAACGUUCCUUCUCCUCGCGAUAACAGCGUCCAUGUUUAACAGUAUAUUCCAUUUUAAUCGGCCAAUUCUGCAAUUCCGUUUACCCAGAAAUCAUUGAGUCCUAAGUGUCCAAUGAUUGGCUCCCCCGUGUCGUUCAGGAGCCCAAACAAAGUUAGCGUGCUACAAUAUCGGACAGUAGAAACCAACCAGAAAGUUCGGGAAAUUGUCUGAAUCCUCCUUUGGCCACGACUGCCGACACAAGCAAGAAAACAAAGUAAAUACCGGAGACUCUGGAGGAAUAACGGGCGCUUAAAACGAAGGUAGACCGGACAAGAGCUGAAAAUCUCAGAGCCGUGUUUAUUACCUUUUGUUCUGUUGUUGUUCAGUUCGAGGAGUUUGAGGAUGAAAGCUCAGCUCCUCUGAUGUGAAAUUUUACCGUUAUUAGGAGGUCUUCACGCUCACAGUGAGGACGUGUUCAGGUAGAGUUGUGACCUUGCGUUAAAGUCAGCAGACAAGUCACCUUGUUGUGGUCAGAAGAAGAGGGUCUUUACAGCUCUGUGUCUCGUCAGCGCUCACAUGUUUUGAUUUAGAGAACAGUUUCUUCUCUGUCCUUCAGGGUUAAUCUGUCACUUCCUGUUAGAAGACUUUAAUUUGGAGAAAGUGAAUCUCCUCUCGACUAAAUGCCAAAUUUGUGGUUUAACAUCAUAAGACAAGAGCUUACUUUGACGGCAGAAAUCCCCUCGACCUUAUCUCAUGUCCCCUCCCCGACCUUUGGAUCUCUGCUAAAGAUGAUCUCUGCUGUUGUCUAGGAAACGUCUUCUCCGCUCGUGUAUUUUUGGAUCUCAGAGGCUCAUUAAGGCUUUCACGCCGUACCAGGCCGAACACCACGGGAGCGUGUGAGGGGUUCUCGAUUCUGUGAGUCAGUACGCCCGGGCCCGUAUGCUUCACUGGGCUGCGUUCGCCACAGGCCAGGGCUUAUAAAACAGUGUCAUGAUGAAUGCGGCGGAAGGAUGUGAACCGUCAUGGCGAGUUUCUCCGUCUGCGUCUCUGCGUUCGAGGACGUGAACGUCUCGUCGGAUCUCCAGUCGCUCCGUGUUCGUCUGCCAGCCUCUCUCUGUGCUCCUCUUGAUCAGUUUCGCAUGGCGUCUUGUGAUGCUUUCCUCAAGUGACAGAGAGUCAUGUGGACGGAGGAGGAGGAGGAGGAGGAGGAGGAGGAGGAGGUGGUGAUGUUUCUAUCUGUGUGUUUGUGCUCGUCCAAGCGUUAACCAGCUCUCUGGUUUGUCUUCAAGGAGGAAUCUCACGAUAACAAACAUACAAGACGAUAAAACUCACACAGUGGAGUAGGGAUGAGAAUCACAGACAGGAAACAGAAUUUCUAGGAGCAGUCGGGGGGGUGGAGGGUGUCCAGUUCGGCAGGCAGAAGAUCGUGACCUUCAGGUCUUGCCGAGGCGGUUUGUGGCCGAGUGUGAAGCGGCCGGGAUGCGAAUCAGCACCUCAAGUCUGAGGUCGUGGUCCUCAGUCGGAGGAGAAAGGUAGAUUUCCUUCUCCGGGUAGGAUGGAGCGGGAGAUCGACAUGCAGAUCGGAGCGGCGUCAGCAGUGAUGCAGACGCUUAACCAAUCAGUGAUGGUGAAGAAAGAGCUGAGCCGUAAGGAGAGACUCUGGAUUUACCGGUCGAUCUCCGUGCCGAUCCUCACCUAUGGUCAUGAACUUUGGGUAAUGACCGAAAGAACAAGAUCGCAGAUACAAGCGGCUGAAAUGGGUUUCCUCCUCAGGGUGUCCGGGCUCAGCCUUAGAGAUAGGGUAAGGAGCUGGUGGUAAUCGGGAGAACAACCGCUGUCCGCAAAGACAAGAGGAAACAAAACAAACCGAAGAACCCUGAAGCUGGUCUGGUGAACACAAAGACGGGUUCUGUGGGUUUGACUCUGAACCGUUCGGUCCGCUCUCUGUCCCCCCGUCCCGUCCUCAAUCUCUCAUGAAUCUUCUUAUCUAAUAAAGAUGCAGACCAAGACUUAAAAACAGAGAAACCAUGAGUCACAGCUGAGUUUGUUUACCUGAGAACAUCCUCAGAACGUCCACAUUUACGUCUCUUUUUGCAUGUUUUUCAGUUUUCUGUGUUUCGAUCUUGAAAUCCUUCGUCAGUUUGAGGACUAUUGUUUCUAUUUUUUAGUUCUGCCUCUGUGUACCUUUCAAAAACCCAAACCGAAUCCUUUUAUGUGUAAACCUGCCGUGCAAAGAUCUGAUUCUGGGUCUGAAUUUAAAGAAUCGGUGAAACGAUCAAUAAAAUCUGCAGCUGGAGAAAGAAAUCGACCCGAGGCGUCGCUCCGGUUUUUUCUCUUUGUCAUGAAGAGCUCAUGUCUACGUUAAUCCAUCGUCUCCUGUCUCGCCUGAUUUCUGUCAUCUUCAUCGUCUCUCCUUAACCUGAGCACUCUCCUCACCUCCUCUCCUCACCUCCUCUCCUCACCUCCUCUCCUCACCUCCUCUUCCUCUCUCUCUGCAGGAGAUAAAAAAAGAGUCAAAGAGGGAUGGAGGACAGGCGAGCAUGAUCAGAUCGGAGCUUUCCAACGGGAGGGCCAGCCCCGUGUCCGACCCCAGUGUACGACCGGGGAGGAAAGGUACACACACACACACACACACACACACACACACACACACACACACACACACACACACACGGUCAGGUUUAAGUCAUCAGUCUCUCAAACACAGAUCCUAUUAGUGUGAGGGAGGAUUUAGGUCAAGCAUUCCUCUCUGCUGCUCAAUUAAAACACACAGACGAGUGAAAACUGAGCGCUCGGGUUUUAACACUGAACUCUUAAAUUAAAUUAUGACACUCAAACUUUUACUUUGUAUUUUUAACAAAAAAACAGUGAAAAAGGAAAAAACAGUCAAAACAUCACUGGAACAACUUCUGUCUGCUCGGUGACUCAGCUGCUUUUAUCCGUCAUGACAAUAACGAGUUAAAAACCAUCACAGACAAAUAUCUGUUUUGUUGUUAAUAAUGAUGAAUCGAUGAAAACGGUGAAGGUGGACCGUCAGACGUUCAGAAUUUAGUUUUUUUCCGUUUCCUUCCCCACGCUGCGUCUGAUAUUUCUGUCACUCUCUGUGUGAAAACACACCUCUCAUUUGGGCGUUUUGUCGUGGUGAGCGCGGUGAAGUAAACGUCUGUCGAAAGGUGUUUCUUGGAGUGUUAGAGGUCGAGCUCAGACGACCACAGAGACCACUUUCAUCCUCUUACCUGUUAGACUGUUAGAAAUGUUGGAGACGCUGGAAAAAUGGACGGGGUUUUCACCUGGAAUAGUCUGACAUUUGACCAUGAUUUCUGUGUAAAAGAAUAUUUCCAUUUCAGCUGCAUCACCAACGAUAACCUCAGGUUCCAUAAAUUUAUAUAAAGUAAAAAAACAAAAACAUUUGUUGCCUCGGCUGAGACGCACAUGUGACCUUAAAUAUGUUUUACAAUUCACACACGUCUAUUUUUAAUCACAAAUGUGAGUGAAACAGUCGAACUGAUCAGCAAACAUUCAUGUUACUACAGAAGUUUGUCCACUCUGUGCUCCCGUAGAAACACUGAAGGAGACCCACUCCUGUAUGAAGUUAAUAUAGAUAAUAAUAAUAAUACAUUUUAUUUAAAAGCGCCUUUCUGGACACCCAAGGACACUGUACAGGCAUUAAGAACACAGUUAAAACACUGUUAAAAUAAAUAAAAACAAUAUACAGGUAUGGAAAUGGACAGUUAAAGGGAAUAUGCAAUAUACUUGUUCUCUAAUGUAGACGUACUUCUCUCUGCUGCUGAACAUCACACACUGUAGCUUUAAGAUAAUCAUCUGUUCUGUACAUUUAAAUCUAUAAACCAUGAAGAAGAAGAAGAAGAAAAGAGGAAGUUCAGAUUCAGCAGGUUAGAAAUGAGAGCAGCUCUUCACCAGAUUUUUAAUCUGGGAUUGAUUUAAUCUGACCUCUGACGUGUUUCAGAGUUCACAGCCCUCUGUGCGCUCGGCUGAUUGUCCAAAAAUCAUGAAGAUCUACAACCGAGUCUGUUAGAGUCGUUAUUCACCUGAAUCCAAGUUUCUUUUUUCUGCUCUUCAAACUCGUGUGGAAAUAAACUUUUUAUUCAGCUCCGUUUUAAAAAAAGGAUUCUGCUGUUUUUGUUUUUUACUGUAGGAUUUAUUUUCCUCUAGAGGAGCAUUAAAGAGCUUCCUUUACAGAAACCUCCAGAAAACACUCACACCCAGCUCUCUGUUAAACAUGAAGAAGAGCGCCACCCUGUGGACAAACGCGGCGCUGCAGGGCCGUGUGGAAACGGUCCAGCUGGUGAGGAAUAAUGAGUCAAGAGUAAUGAGGAGGCUAAUGAGUGUUAGCACAACAACUUAGAGGACAGUGUGAGGCGUUCAGUGUCCCUGUCUCUGCCUAAGGUCAAAGGUCAAAGGUCGGAGGUAAUUCUCAGGCUAGGAGGGGUUUGAAUGAGUCGGUGAACACCUGCUAACACACUGUAAGACCGGGAUUAUUGAUCAGACUGACAGAUUACGAUGUUGGACUAAACUGUGUGUGUGUGUGUGUGUGUGUGUGUGCGUGUGUGUGUGUGUGUGUGUGUGAUGCAGGAGAGCAGAUCCGUAAGCGGCGGUGUAAAGCGGCGUUCAGCUACGUGCCUCAGCAUGAAGACGAGCUGGAGCUGAAAAUAGGAGACGUCAUAGAGAUCAUCGCCGAGGUAAGACGCCGUUUUUAACGACGAGGGAAAGUACGGUGGCCCCUGAGGGACACGGAGACACUAACGCCCUGUUUCUGGUCUUCCCAAGAAGAAGAUUUCAGGUCUACAAUUAUUACAAAACUCAGCAGCAGGAGGCGGGCCCACAUUACAGCGGUUUUAGACUCGAUUUUAGGAUCGAUUUUAAGGUUUUUUACUCGUUUUUAAAUGUCUUAACGAACUGCUUUUACCUCAUGAACCUUCACAGACCCUCCUCCUCCUCUGGCAGCGUCUUCUAAUCAUUCCCAAAGUCAGGACGCACACUCGUGGUGAGGCGUCAGAGGACCUGAGGGCCGCAGAGAACGUUCAUGUUUUUAAGAGCAGGCUAAAGACCUUUUUAGCUUUUAAUUAACAUUUAUUUGUUUUAUCUUCAUUUAUUCUCGUUAGUCUUGGUUUAUUUUAGAUCUGUGUUUCAAUUUUUACUUGUUUUUAUCCUUUUAUCAUUUUUAGGACCCCCGGUGUUUCCUCUGAGGGAGCCCUCGGCGCCGGGAGCGGUGGUCGCUUUUGAUUACAGGGGCCCGUCACGGGGUUCCUGGUGGAGGUUUUUGUCGUCCACAUCCCUCCUCUGGCCCCGUGUCGGUGUCCUGUGGCUGCGGCGGCUCUCUGCUCCUGGUGCUGACGGCUUCUCUGACGGCGUCUGAACUCGGCCUCAUGUCCGUUCUCUUAAAAACCGUCUCUCUCCAAAACGAUAAAAGUUGAUUUUAAAAGAAGUUCCUGUUUGAUCUAAACGGACCUCAUCGUCCGUCUGCCCAGUCUGCUCCGUCUGCUCCGUCUGCUCCGUCUGCUCCGUCUGUCCUGUUCCUUCUUCUUGUCUGCUCUGUAACUGUAGGUACAGUGAUGUUGUUCUGCUGUCACUCUGGAAACAGAGGUAUUAACAGAGCGGAUUCGACGUCUGCGCCGACUUCAGAGCCGAUCAGAUGUGACAGCUCUGUCCAUGUGUGUUACUCCUCCCUGCUGUUACACAUCGCGCCUCUUUUGCUCCUGUGCGGCUGCCGAGCCGCGUUAAAAACCUUUCCUUGGACACGAGGAGCGAUUAAUCGUUUGAACAUAAAUUACAUAAGAGUGAGGCCGUUAUGCGACUUUAUUACGUAAGACUCUUAAACUCUGCAGCUUUUCCAACAGUCUGCAGGAACCUGAGCUUCUGUCACCGUCAUGUAAAGGUGUGAUAUCGGGGUCUCAGUGUGUUUCUACAGAGUGGUGCAGCGUUGCAGAAGCACGAAACUUCGCAGCGGGGGCUCGACACGCUGACAGAUGAGCGCCUUUCACACGUGAAGUUUAUGGAAACAUCAAGAUCUCCACCCCCAAAGAUGUGUAGAAGUGUUUGUUUACACGUAGACACGCUGAGUCCAGAUGAGGCGGCAGUCUGACUUGUUUUGUAUCUACAGUGACUCUAAGUUUAGACGUACAGACGUCCUCACUGACCUCAUCUUUGACACGGUUCUUCCUCUUCUUCGAUAAUCGCUCGGUUAACCGUCACACGUCGACGUUCACACCGGUCACAGGGUGUAAACGCCAUCAUCACCGCCGACCACUUUGUCGCUGACGUGAAAUAUUUCUGUGCAAUCGUCGACUCAGGAAGUUUGUAGGAGUGAGGUGUUUCUGACGCGCUUCUAGAACAAUCCGACGUCCAAUCGGAGGUUGUUGUUGAGUUCUAGUUUUGCCGUUUAUUGAUUCAAUGAAAAGACAGAUACGUCCAACUUAAGAUGACGGUAAUGUUCGCGAUGUUCCUCCCGUUCCUCAGAUCACUUCUUCACCUGCGUUCCUUUUUGCAUUUCCUGCCCGUUUACCUGAAGUUUGUCCCUUCAGCUCCGACACGGACUCUUCUGUUUCUCUAAUAAAAAAAAUAAAUAAUAAAAAUAAAAAUAAAAAUAAAAUAAAUAAAUAAGAAUAAUAAAAAUAAAAAUAAAAUAAAUAAAUAAAAAUAAUAAAAAUAAAAAUAAAAUAAAUAAAUAAUAAAAAUAAAAAUAAAAUAAAUAAAUAAAAAUAAUAAAAAUAAAAUAAAUAAAUAAAAAUAAUAAAAAUAAAAUAAAUAAAUAAAAAUAAUAAAAAUAAAGAUAAUUCUUCAGAACGGCGUGUUCGUUAACUCUGGUCUCUUCAGGAGUGAAGUAGACGAUGAAGCAGGAUCUGCUUUGGCGCUUUGCUUCCUGUGAUUCAUAAGUUUAUACCAAAGGUUGAGUCAAACAAUGGCGACCCACCAUCACGGCUGGCUCCGCCCCUUCUGUGGUUAUGAAACAGUUUUAUUUUGGGUGUGUACAUGUGCGCCUGUGUGUUGAUAUUUCCAUGUUUGUGUGUUCAGGUGGAGGAGGGCUGGUGGGAAGGAAGUCUGAACGGGAAAACUGGAAUGUUUCCCUCCAACUUCACCAAAGAGAUCCUGGCAGAGUCGGAAACGCCGUCUUUAGACGCGUCGCAGGAGGAGCUGCGUCCGGGCCGCAUCAGUGAGUCUAAGCCAAUCAGGAAGCAGGAAAUAUAAACCAGCUCUGAGUUCAGUUUCUGAUGAAUGUUUGUUUUUGUGAAUAAACGCAGGUAAAGACAGUCCAGGCAGCGAGAGCGACGGAGCCGACAGUCGGUCAGAAACAGGAUCAGGAGAAAUCCAACCCAAGAAGGUAAGACACAGUCUGUUUCCAUGACGCCCGAGAAAACUGAAUUAUCGCCUUAUUCCGAUUAAGACCGGACAACUGAAGGUCAUGUAAACACUUUAGUCCGUCUAUAAUCAGAGUCGGAGAACUCCGAUAAAAACACCCAGAUAAUACGAUUGGAAUUCGAUUUUCUCUACCAUGUAACCAGCGUAGUCGGAGUAUGAUCGGACAAUACAUGUGUGCCACGCCCCGAUAACCCCGGAACAAAAACACCAGAGAGGAAGUGUCGCUGUCAUUUAAAGAACUUUUGACUCAGAAGAAACUGAAACACGAAAGAACGUCGACUUUUGGAACGAAGAGGAGAUCACCGUUACGCUUUCUGUCAUUUUAUGGACAUUUUAAAGUUUAUGGACGGUCGCAAAACGAGGAACAGAGACAUCUUUGAAAAAGUUCGGAAACAGCGCCGCUGAAAAGACCCAUAUCGCCCCCUAGUGUUGGGGAGGAGGACACGUUCACGUCAAUAAUUCAAUUUUCUCAGCUGCACGUAAACGAGGACAAGGAGAGAAGUCGGAAUUAGCAAAAUAAAACGAAUUAUGAUCUUAGUCCGAUUAAACUGUGACUGUAAACGCACUGAAUGACGUUUGAUUGGUUGUCAGUUUACUUUUGCAUGCGUUGUCAUGGUAACAACAUCAUGAGAAAACCUGACAGAGUCCCCUAAACUGAACCGGAUCAAAAACCUCUUCAUCGUACCGUCUGACAUCUUCAGCUUCAGUGAAUCAAACUCACCUGCUCAGCGCCUACAUGUACCAGAAUGCAUUGCACAGGAGACUCCAGAGUCUCUGCCGCAGUAACAGUGUUUUUUUAUGUAUUAGUUCAUUAAAGCUCUCUCCUCUCCUUUAAUCGGGUUGACACUUUCUGCUGCUCGUGGUGGAAUUUUAGUCUCAUUAGAGAUACAAACAGGCCGACCGGCUCCGUCUUCAGGGCAGAAAACAGGAAGAAAAACAGAUUUCACAGCUGUGCUGAGCCGCUCCCCAGAGACGCAGAGAACAUCGCUAACAACUGCAGGGUUUUUUUUUUGAUGCUCUGCUCUCUGAAAAUUCACAAAAUUUCCCUGCAAACCCACUCAGACGGUUUGAGCUGACUGCAGCAGCUGCAGCCGCCCACCGAGCAGAAACACAUCAAACAGGGUCAGACCUCCAGACUCAGACCACACUCAGGCUUUUCUGUUUUACCUUCACACUUCCUCUUUUAUUUCAGGGUUUCUCACUAAACCGUUUCACCUUUUUAGGUCCGAGGGUUCGGCUUCGGGGACAUUUUCAAAGACCAGCCCAUCAAGCUGAGACCGCGGUCUAUGGAAGUGGACUCAGAAGGGGACAAGGUGGGACACACAGAUAAAACGGACAUUUUUUAAUACUGUGAUCAUUGUAUUGUGAACGCUGAAGGAAGGAAGGCCGCUGUCUUGGCUCCUCCCCUUCCUCCGUUACAAUUUCACAGCACAGGAAGUGGUUUAAAUGUUGACACACAACACCCCCCCCCUCACACACACACACACACACACACACAUGCACACAUAUCCUGCAGGGAUUUGACAAGCAAAGCAGAAGUGAGAGCUCAGCAGGACUCAGUUAGAGAGGCAGAGACUCGCUCAGAGCGUCUGCUGCUGCUGGAGCUGCUGGAGCUCUGACUGUCUGACUGAACCCGAGGAGACGACGGUAGGGCCGAGACUUCUCUGUUUUAUUUACUCUGAGUUUAAGUUUCUUUAAACUCUUUAAACUGUUUACACUCUUUGGAUGCAGACGUUCGUGUGAAAUCAGGCAGAAACGUGUGAAGAGUGUCGAAAAGUCGGUUUAGAGUUUCAUUUCAGACGGUCUGACUAAAGAAGUUCAGAGUGAGGAUGUUAUUGUGAAAUUUAUGAAAAAAAACAGAAAAAAAACAAAAUCAGGACAUGAACGUUCGUGGGAUCAUCUAUUUUAGAGUUACGCUCAUCUGAAGAACUUUUCCUGUAAUUUAACCAAAACUUUCCGUUUUCUUGUUGAUGAUUAAGUUAAAUUUUGUUCACAAACUCUUAGUUAAAAAACUCCGAAAUUCAGAUUCUAUCGUGGUCAUAAACGGGAUUAUCGCAAUAUUUACGAAAAACUUGAAAAUAAAACAGCAGAAUCAGUCCAGCUGUGGAAGAUGAGAUCAGAUCGGAGCAACACGAAUUUAUAAUAAACGUCGGACUUUGGCGACAUCUUCUCUCAGCUAACUCGCUAGCGGUCAGCUACUUCUUCUUCAGCUGUCCUCUGUAAACUGUAUCAGCGUUUACUUAUUUUCUUUUGCACAUGAUCAUCAUUUAUUGGGUUUAUUGUUUUUGGUGAACUUGCCCUUUAAGUCCGACUGCUUCGAUGAGAAAAAGCUCAGCAGGGUGGAAACUCAUUAAAAACACAUUUUGGCCACAAGGAGACCUGAGAAAAGUUAGAGAAACGAGAUCCACGGAUGAAUGUUUGUCGACCUCUGAGUAGGUCAACCAGACAGAGGGUAAACGCCAUCCCAUAAUAGUCGGAGCGCCGCUAAAUGUCAGAGCGACGGAGGAGAAGAGAGAGAGAGGCCGAGAAACAGGAUGAGAGAAAUAUCACAAAGGUGGAAAAACAAACAGACAGACAGAGGUGUGUGUGUGUGUGUGUGUGUGUGUGUGUGUGUGUGUGUGUGUGUGUGUGUGUGUGUGUGUGUGUGUGCUCAGAGGCUUAAAAACUGUGUGUGUCAUCAGACAUGUGAGAGGGUGUGUGUGUUUGUGUGUGUGUUUGCCCUGAAGCAUGUGUGUGUGUGUGUGUGAGAGCCGGUCCUGCUGAGCUGGAGCUGUGAUGUUUCUUUAUGGAGAGAAAGACUCUCUGCUCUCUAAUGAGGCUCUGCAGAGGUGACAGGAGACCGUCUCCAUCCGGGACGAGGGGAGACGGGGGGGGACGGGGGGGACGGGGGGAGACAAGGGGGACGGGGGGUCUCUGAGUCAUGAGACGCUGCUGGUCCAACUGCUCGUUAGUUUGUGACUGACGGCUGAUUUAAUGUUUUUUUUUGGUCUGAGUGAUCAGUCAGAUGAUUUCUUUGUGCGAGUUUUUCUUUAAUCAGAGCUGCAUCAGUGUGUGUGUGUGUGUGUGUGUGUGUGUGUGUGUGUGUGUGUGUGUGUGUGUGUGGGAGGGGAAGGGGAAGUUUUCAGUGUUUCCAUAGCAGUGAGUCAAAGUCACUCGUCCUUGAGAUAAGCCGUCUUCACUGUAAAAGAAAAACCUCCGGUGUGAAAUUUUCCCUGAAGAGACGAACUCUGAAAACACGAAGAAAUGCAGCAGCGGCGGCGGCGGCAGCAGCAGCGUUUUUGUCGUGUUUUUGUCGUGUUUUUGUAAAUGUAGUCGGCCGUCCUCUCAGGCUUUGCUCUGCAGGUGGAGGUUUGGGUUUUAAUGACGCUGCAGCACCAAAACCACAACAUGAAGACGGCAGCAAACUGGAGUCUUCAGGGAGGGAAACACAGAGAAGCUUUUUCUUUUUACUGUAAAGAAGUUUGAGAUUCAUGAGUCGGUGUUGAGAAAGUGGUGAAAGUUCGAUAAACUUGUCGCUCAGACGGUUCAUUUCUAAAGUCCUGGUUUAUUUCUAAAGUCAUUCACACCAAUUUUUCUUCAGUUCAAGUUUUUCUAAAAAGUUUCCAAGUCCGUAUUUACGAUAAAAAGUUGUGUAUUGGUUUUGAAAGUGAGUAAAUAUAGUCGGUUCUUCUGCCCAUCCAGCAGGUGUUGUUGUGAACUUGUCGUGAACUUCUCAGAUGUAGUUUCCCCCACAGAUCUGCGGUGAUUCAGACGCUCCUGAGGCUGCACCUGUUUUACUCUGAAAAUACUCCAGUGAUGAGAGAGAGAGAGAGAGAGAGAGAGAGAGAGAGAGAGUGUUUAUAGGAAGAGCAGGAUGAUCAGAUUAGAUCAGAUUUUUCUUUAGUCAUCCCUCAGUGAGGAAAUUAAAUAGUUAACAGCAGAACUCAGACAUUCAUACAGGGUACAAAAACAAAUAAAUAAGAUAAAGAAGUACGGUAAAAAAAGAAAGAGCAGUGUAAAGGAAGAACAGCAUUAAAGACAAGUAUGAGAAAAAUAUGAAAGAGGAAAUAUCAGGUAUGGAUGUGAUGAUGAUGAUGAUGAUGAUGACGAUGAUGAUGAUGAUGAUGAUGAUGAUGAUGAUGAUAUUGAUAUUGAUAUCGCGCAUGAUUGAUAAUUAAUUAGGCGUGUAUUAUUGCACUUUUAUUGUUGUUUUAUGAUCAGCUGAUCUUUGUUUGAUUAGCGGUAAAUAACCGGUAGUAUGAAGAAAAUAUUAAAGUUGUAAAUCUUAUUAACAUGACUGUCUUAAAGAGCUGCAGUUUAGAUAUUUUGGCCAUUUGACUCUCUCUGAUACUGAUGAACUAAACCUCUUUGAAUCUGUGAAAAAAAACUCGUGUUAAUCCAGAUUAGCUGUGAUGGAAUAAACGACUGUUUCUAAUUAAUGUCAUAUAAAAGUAUUUGAGUUUAUUCAUCAUAGAAACAAACUGAACUCUUAAUAUUCUCCCCCUUAUAUCAGGAUGGUGAAUUAGAGCAGAAAAUAAACUGAUGAAAAAGUAAAGCAGAUGUUCUGAUUAGAAAAAGACGUUUUUUUUUUGCACUAUAAAGGUUCUUAAACACCGGGGCCGACACGAAUAUAGAACACGAAAUUACGAAAUAUUCAGAGGUGAAUUUUUUUCUGGAGCUGAAAUGUUUAUUUUAUUUACUACUGAAAACCAAGAAAAUCAAAUUGUCUUUUAAAAUUUAACAAAUAUAUUUAUUUAUCUUGUUUGAUACUUUAGAUGUUUUUGGAAACUGAUAAUCCACAAGAGAACAUUUUUAUCAUUUAUUGGAUUAUUUCAGGUUUUUUUUUUUUUUAGUAAUUUGUUGAUCAGAUUGAUUUGAUGGAAGUUUAUAAAAGUAUGAAUCAAAUAUGAAAUAAAAGGUGUUAAAGGGUUAAUUCUCCUCCAAUCAACUCUUUAGAAACAGCUGAAAAAAAAGAGCAAAAAUGCUGAAUCAUGUCUUGGUGUCGGAUUCAUUCCUGCUCCGCUUUAUUAACCCGAGAUCCUCGUUAAAACCUCUGAGAUGUGAGGAGGAGGAGAAGGCCUCACUGCUGGUGGCUCCACAUGGGUCUCAUUACAGAGAGAGGAGGAGGAGGAGGAGGAGGAGGAGGAGGAGGAGGAGGAGAGGGUUGGGUUUUUUUCCUGGAGCAGAACAGAGCGGUGUGUGUGUUCAGGACAGACCGGGUUUUGUGAGUCCGUGUGUUUUUCUGUGGAAGAGCCACCCUGGUUCCACAAACACUGUCGAGGGAUCCACUCCAGCCGGGAAACAACGGCUCCUUUAAGAGAAUACACACACACACACACACACACACACACACACACACACACACACACACACACACACACACACACACACACACACACACACACCCUCGCUCCAUCAGUGAGUCAGCUCGGCGGUUGACCCGAUCUCAUCCUCAUUAAUCAGCCGCUCGGCGUGGAGCUGUGGGACAGAGCCGUGCAGAGACGAGACUCCUUCACUCGUCGACUCGAUGAUUCUCGUGUUUUUUAGAUCCACGUGAAUCAGACCGAAGCUCUGAUGUUGUGAGAUUUUACAAGAAUAGAGAAACAGAAGCAGAAGAUCUGACCUGAACGUGUCUGAAACUUACAGGAAGUGUUUCUUCUCUCUGUGUUUGUCUCAGGUCAACGAGAAAGCGGCGAGCGGCGCUCCUGAAAACAUGAAGACUGAACCUGAAACUAAAGCCAGAGGUAAGAAGUUCAAGAGCUUCGUAAACAUGUGACAGCUUCGUCUCAGAGAGUGAUGGACUCUGACGUUUAUCUCCUCUCAGAAGGUCGAUCGACCUCGAGUUUAACUAAAACAGUUUCUUUUUUGAUCAGAUGUCUCUUCAUAAGUUCAGAUUUCUGCGUUAAAUAACUGAAUAUGACAUUUUCUUCAGUUUUCUCCACGUUUACAUAAAAUAGAAUAGAAUAGAAUAGAAUAUUCCUUUAUUGAUCCCCCAUGGGGGAAAUUUUUUUGUCACAGCAGCAUCACAGACAAGACAAAAAGUGCAAAAAUGCAGUUAUAACAAUAAGGGUCCUAAUAUUAAGAAUGGAUAAUAUUAAGAAUUAAAUAAAUGUAAUAAUUAAGAAAAAAAAAAAAAAAAAAGACAUCUAACCCGGGAUCUCCACUCCGUCCAGAACGGCGGCGAUUUAAGGCGUACGUCAAAUUCAACAGCAGGAAUCGUGAGAACUCACAAGAACCCGCAGAUUUACGUUCAAUCGCGUAAUAACAAGUUGUCUCUCGCCACAGAGGCUAAACAUAUAAGCAGUAGAUUGUGUCCUUCCAGGGGAGGAAAUCUACUUCUAGACUUCUAGAAUCAGCAUCUCCUCAUCCAUGGUGUCAUCGGGGUGAAAUGACGUCUAAAAACCUUUCACUUGUUCGUCUCCAAGGUUGUUCGUCUGUGCCCGACUUCCUUUCCAGCACGGGUUAAUCUGUGCUGAAUUUAUCCGCCAUGCUCCGGCGUCCAGAAAAAAUAGAACUCUUGUGAUCAGCUGAGGAGUCCGGCGAUCCGCAGAGGAACGGAAAGAAGUCGGUGUAAAUUGACACGUUAACUUGAAUGGUUACGAUCAGCUACGAUCGGAGGAGACGACCUUUUAGGAGACGAUCAGGAUGAAGGUGGAGAUUUGGAGUCAGACUCUGUUUAGUCUUCUUUUUCAUGUUUUAGAAGGACGUGUUGAAGCUGACCCUCAGAGACCUUUAAUUCACACGUUUUCUGUCCUUCUCCGUCUUAUCUGUCCUCGACACAAGAUGACUUUAUUUACGGUAAACUUCAGCUCUAAUCUUCCUCCUGUGGGAAAAACCAAAAGGACAAAAUGAUCCUGUUAUCAAAUCUGUGAAACCUUUUCGAGGUGUGGAUGAAGUUUCGUGGAUCUGUUGGACAGGAGUGUGUCCAUCUUUGCUGUGGACAUUAUUCUCUGACCCUCCUUUGGGCCGGGACCCUCAGGUUGAGAACCUCGUCUCCUCCUCAGAUCUGUAACUCUGUUAUUUCUGCUGGCAGGGCGGGAGCAGUGUAAAGUCCUCUUUCCAUAUGAAGCACAAAACGAAGACGAGCUGUCACUCAAAGAGGGCGACAUCGUCAACAUCAUCACCAAGGUCAGUGCGGGGUCACAAACACGCGUGUGCGACUUGACUCGCGGUCGUGGGCGCACAGUUUACCGAGGACGUGACCCAGACGUUCAAUCCAAACACUCCUCUGUUUCUUCUUGCAGGAGUGCGCCGACGCGGGCUGGUGGAUGGGCGAGAUCGGGGGAAGGCAAGGUGUUUUUCCAGAUAACUUUGUCAAGCUGCUAGAGCCGGAGAAAGAGGUACAGCCGCGUGAAAACCUCCUCCGUUUACAGGCGGAGGAAAUCUCCUGAAGGUGACACGUCCUGACGGCGUUUCUCUGUCUGUGUUUGUUUUCAGAGACCAAAGAAACCGCCUCCUCCCAGCGCGCCGUCUGGAAAACACAACGCAGGUACAGUAACACAGUCACACCGCAUUCACACACUCUCUUCCUCUCCUGUUAUUAUUUUACUCUCUGAGAAGAAAAAGUCAGAAACAUGUGAACUCUGACCUCUAGAGAAAAAGGCCGAGGUCAAGAAAGUUCCUCCUGAGCGACCUGAACAUCUGCCACAGAGGGACCAGGAGCGAGGUACAGUCCAGACCUCUUCAGUCCUGCUCGGUCUGCAGCUCCUGCAGCUUCUCACUUCUUUCUGUCAGAGGAUGGUUUCACCAAAAUACACUCAAACUGGGGAUUAGAUACUAAACACAAUCCCACUGACGUUAGGAAACUGUGAUAAACGUAAAUAAAAACAGAAUAAAAAUGAUUUGUAAAUCAUUUUCAAACUAUAUUCAAGUGAGUACACUACAAAGACAAGAUAUUUAAUGUUCAAACUCAUAAACUUUAUUAUUAACUCAGAAUUUGAUGGCAGCAACACGUGACAAAGAAGUUUGGAAAGGUUGUAAAAAAUACUGAGAAGUUUGAGGAAUGCUCAUCAAACACCGAUUUGGACCGUCCCACAGGUGAGCAGGUUAAUAGGGAACAGGUGGGCGUCAUGAUUGGGUAGAAAAGCAGCUUCCCCAAAGAUUCUCAGUCAUUUACAAGCGAGGAUGGGGCGAGGGUCACCACUCUGUGAACAACUGCAUGAACAAACAGUCAAACAGUUUAAGAACGUUUGUCAAAGUACAAUUGUAAAAAAUUUUAGGGAUCUCAACAUCAACGGUCCAUAAAAUCAUCAAAAGGUUCAGAGAAUCUGGAGAAAUCAACAUUGAACGCCCGUGACCUUCGACCCCUCAGGCGGCGCUGUAUCAAAAACCGACAUCAGUGUGUUUAAAGGAUAUCACCACAUGGGCUCAGGAACACUUUAGAAAACCACUGUCAGGAAAUACAGUUCGUCUCUACGUCUGUAAGUUAAAACUCUAAAGACAUUCAUCAACAACAUCCAGAAACGCCGCUGCCGGCUUCUCUGGGCCGAGCUCGUCUAAGAUGGACUGAUGCAAAGUGGAAAAGUGUUCUGUGGUCUGACGAGUCCACGUUUCAGAUUGUUUUUGGAAAUAGUGGACGUCGUGAGGAAGAGAACCAUCCAGACUGUUAUCGACGCAAAGUUCAAAAGCGUCUGUGAUGGUAUGGGGGUGCAUUAGUGCCCAAGGCAUGGGUAACUUACACAUCUGUGAAGGCAACAUUAAUGCUGAAAGGUACAUACAGGUUUUGGAGCAACAUAUGCUGCCAUCCAAGCAACGUCUUUGUCAUGGACGCCCUUCCUGCUUAUUUCAGCGAGACAACGCCACGCCACAUUCUGCACGUGUUACAACAGCGUGACUUCAUAGUAAAAGACAACGGAGACCCCGGACUGUUGAAGAACUAAAGCUGAACAUCAAGCAAGAAUGGGAAAGAAUUCCACCUUCAAAGCUCCAACAGUUCGUCUCCUCAGUUCACAAACGUUUAUUGAGUUUGUUAAAAGGUGAUGGAACACAGAGGUAAACAUGACCCUGUCCAACUACUUUGUCACGUGUUGCAGCCAUGAAACUCUAAGUUAAUAAUAAUUUGCUACAAAAAAAAAAUAAAGUUUAUGAGUUUGAACAUUAAAUAUCUUGUCUUUAAAGUGUAUUCAAUUGAAUAUAGGUUGAAAAGGAUUUGCAAAUCAUUGUAUUUCUGUUUUUCAUAAUUUCCCGACUUUAAUGGAAUUGGGUUUUGUAGAUGAGAACAGUCACACUUCAGUCAGACUCUGUUAAUCUGCUGCAAAGAGGAAUUCAGUUCUUCUCUUGGUUGAGGAGACUGAGGAGAAAUGAGGAAUCCAUUUUUUAAGAUAAACUCAGACAUGUAGGUAUAAUUCCAGAGUUAUAAAAUAUCUUUAAGACGCUUCAUUAAACUCAGACGUCGUCUCGUUUAGUUCAUUAAACUUGUCCUGGAAUAGUGGAGGUACAAGUUUAGACCCGGUUCAGUUCUGUGUAUCUUUGUGAAACCAGCCCCUGAUCUGUGGACCGACCACCAACUCAAACCCUCUAAACAGACUAACCCUACAGUUCCGUUCACUGGAGGCUGAGACUGCUGCAGGUUUCUUCACUGUCAGUGUCGGCGUGAGAGCGA